UACGGGGGGAGAGGGAGGGAGGUAGAGAGACCCUGGCGGACAGCAGCAGAGAGGGAGGUUGGACCGGGAACAAUAGAGAGAAACGAAGCCAGCCCUGAAACACCAAACAAACCGAGAGGGGCGACAGAAAGAAAAGAAAGCUAUCGAGAGGGAUGGAGGGAGAGCGAGCCGGACGGAGAACAUGUGAGGAAUAAAGACGCGAGGGUUUUUCCGGAGCGGAGGGCUUUAUUUCUGUCUUUCUUUGUCGGUGGAUUGUAUUGAACCGGAAUCCGGUAUGAACCCUGCAGAAGCGGCCGAGGAGGCGCCCAGCGACCCCGACACUGAUGCCUUCUACAAAACAGGGUCAUUGAGGACUGAAGGCAUCAAGGCGUCCGACGUUCUGCCUGUGUUAAAGGAGAAGGUUGCCUUCGUGUCAGGUGGGCGAGAUAAAAGAGGAGGACCAAUCCUGACAUUUCCUGCAAGAAGUAACCACGACCGAAUAAAACAGGAAGACCUGAGGAGGCUGGUGACCUACCUGUCUACUGUUCCCAGUGAGGAUGUCUGUAAACGUGGUUUCACCGUCAUUAUUGACAUGCGCGGUUCUAAGUGGGAGCUGAUCAAGCCUCUACUGAAGACGCUGCAGGAGUUUUUCCCGGCUGAGAUCUGUGUGGCGCUCAUCAUCAAACCGGACAACUUCUGGCAGAAACAGAAGACAAACUUUGGCAGUGCAAAGUUCUCCUUUGAGACCAGUAUGGUGUCAGUGGAAGGUCUGUCCAAACUGGUAGAUCCUUCCCAGCUGACGGAUGACUUUGAAGGUUCUCUGGACUACAACCAUGAAGAGUGGAUGGAGCUCAGAGUCUCACUGGAGGAGUUCAUGUCCAACGCUGUCCACCUGUUGUCCAGACUGGAGGACCUGCAGGAGCUUCAAUCUAAGAAGGAGUUUCCUGCAGAUGUUGAAGGAUCGCGUCGGUUGAUAGACGAGCACACGCAGCUGAAGAAAAAGGUGCUGAAGGCUCCAGUGGAGGAGUUGGACCGAGAAGGCCAGAGGCUGCUGCAGUGUAUCCGAUCUAGUGAUGGGUUUUCAGGGAGGAACUGCAUCUCAGGCUCUGCUGACUUUCAGAGCUUGGUGCCCAAGGUGGCCAGUCUCCUGGAUAAGCUCCACUCCACGAGGCAGCAUCUCCAUCAGAUGUGGCACGUCAGGAAGCUAAAGCUGGACCAGUGUUUCCAGCUCCGCCUCUUUGAACAGGACGCAGAGAAGAUGUUCGACUGGAUCAGCCACAACAAGGAAGUGUUCCUGCAGAGUCACACAGAGAUUGGCCGAAGUUACCAACACGCCGUGGAGCUGCAGACCCAACACAACCACUUUGCCAUGAACUCCAUGAAUGCCUAUGUAAAUAUCAACAGAAUCAUGUCAGUGGCAAGCCGUCUGGCGGAGGCCGGUCACUACGCGUCCACGCAGAUAAAGCAGAUCUCAGGUCAGCUGGAUCAGGACUGGAAAAGUUUUGCCGCUGCGCUUGACGAGCGUUCCACCAUCCUCGCCAUGUCGUCUGUCUUUCACCAGAAGGCUGAACAGUUCCUGUCGGAGGUGGAGGCCUGGUGUAAAGUCUGCAGUGAGGGAGGGUUACCAUCCGAGAUGCAGGAGCUGGAGCUCGCCAUCCACCGCCACCAGAGCCUGUAUGAGCAGGUCACCCAGGCUUACACUGAGGUGAGUCAGGACGGUAAAGCCCUAUUGGAUGUUCUCCAGAGGCCUCUGAGUCCCGGCAACUCUGAUUCACUGACCGCCACUGCCAAUUACUCCAAAGCGGUUCACUGCAUCCUGGAUGUGGUUCACGAGGUUCUCCACCAUCAGCGGCGUCUCGAGAAUAUUUGGCAGCAUCGAAAGGUUCGACUGCACCAGAGACUGCAGCUGUGCGUGUUCCAGCAGGAUGUCCAGCAGGUAAUGGACUGGAUAGAGAACCACGGCGAGGCGUUCCUCAGCAAACACACUGGUGUUGGGAAAUCCCUUCACAGAGCCCGAGCCCUGCAGAAAAGGCACGAUGACUUUGAAGACGUAGCUCAGAAUACAUACACUAAUGCAGACAAGCUGCUGGAGGCAGCUGAGCAGCUGGCUCAGACCGGAGAGUGUGACCCCGAAGAAAUCUACAAGGCAGCCAGACACCUGGAAGUCCGAAUCCAGGACUUUGUCCGCCGAGUCGAACACAGGAAGCUGCUGCUGGAUAUGUCUGUGUCCUUCCACACACACACCAAGGAGCUGUGGUCGUGGAUGGAGGAGCUUCAGAAGCAGCUGUUGGAUGAAGUGUGCUGCGAUUCGGUGGAUUCAGUUCAGACUCUGAUCCAGCAGUUUCAGCAGCAGCAGACGGCCACAUUGGAGGCAACUCUCAAUGUGAUUAAAGAGGGAGAGGAAUUAAUACAGCAGCUCAGAGAUGCAGCCAUGUCAACCAACAAGACGCCUCACUGCAGCUCUAUCGCACACAUCCAGGGGGUGCUGCAGCAGCUGGACGAGGCCCAGGGUCAGAUGGAGGAACUGUUUCACGAACGCAAAAUCAAACUGGACAUCUUUCUGCAGCUGCGCAUAUUUGAGCAGUAUACUAUAGAGGUCACGGCAGAGCUGGAUGCCUGGAACGAGGAUCUGUCCCGUCAGCUGAGUGACACCGGCCGCUCGGGUGGCAGCAGCGGCAGCAGCACCGGGGGAGGAGGCAGCUCCUCCGGCAGCGCAGAGGACAUCGGCCUCGCAGAGCAGCGUCUGAAAAGACACGCAGAGAGGAAGGCAGCCAUGAAUAACAUGACCUACGAAGUGAUGCAGCAGGGUCAAGACCUGCACCAGUACAUCAUGGAGGUCCAGGCUUCAGGGAUCGAGCUGACAGGGGAGAAGGACAUGGACUUGGCCUCUCAGGUUCAGGAGCUUCUGGAGUUCCUCCAUGAGAAGCAGCAAGAGGUGGACCUCAACGCCCAACACACGCACACCCGGCUGGAGCAGACCCUGCAGCUACGCCACCUGCAGGCCGAGGUUAAACAGGUGUUGGGUUGGAUUCGUAAUGGUGAGUCCAUGUUGAAUGCCAGCAUGGUGAAUGCAAGCUCUCUGUCUGAGGCUGAGCAGCUGCAGAGGGAACAUGAACAGUUCCAGAUGGCUAUAGAGUCGCUCUUCCAUGCUAACUCUCUUCAGAAGACUCAUCAGAGUGCUCUGCAGGUCCAGCAGAAAGCUGAGAUGGUGCUACAGGCAGGUCACUAUGAUCCAGAAGCAAUUCGAAGCUGUGCUGAGAAAGUGGCUGUCCACUGGCAGCAGCUGAUGCUAAAGAUGGAAGACCGCCUGAAGCUCGUCAAUGCCUCUGUGGCCUUCUACAAGACGUCUGAACAGGUGUGCAGUGUGUUAGAGAGCCUGGAGCAGGAGUAUCGGCGGGAUGAAGACUGGUGUGGCAGUCAUGACAAAUUAGGAAUGUCGGCCGAGAGCGACCACCUUCUACCUCUGAUCAGUAAACACCUGGAGCAGAAAGAGGCUUUCCUCAAGGCAUGCACUCUGGCCCGGAGGAACGCUGAGGUGUUUCUGAAGUACAUCCACAGGAACAAUGUGAGCAUACCUGGAGCUGCCAGUCAUGCCAGAGGGCCAGAACAACAAGUUAAAGCCAUUCUGAAUGAGCUGCUGCAGAGAGAGAACAGAGUCCUUCACUUCUGGACGUUAAAGAAACGGAGGCUGGACCAAUGUCAGCAGUAUCUGGUGUUUGAACGCAGUGCCAAACAGGCAUUGGAUUGGAUCCAAGAGACAGGUGAAGUUUACCUGGCCACACACACGUCACCUGGUGACAGCAGCAAGGAAACGCAGCAGCUCCUCAACGACUACCGUCACUUCAGACUUACUGCCAAGCAAACCAAGGAGAAGGUGAAGCUGCUGAUCCAGUUGGCAGACAACCUGGUGGAGAAAGGUCAUGCCCACGUCUCUGAGCUGAAGCGAUGGGUCAGCACGGUGGAUCGCAGAUACCGCGACUUCUCCCUACGCAUGGCCAAAUACCAGGAGAGCCUGGAAAGGAGCUUGGGUGUCAGCUCGGAGGACACCAAAGACCUGGAGUUGGAAAUAAUCCCCGCCAGCCUGACAGACGACCCCGAGGUCAAACUGCGUGACCCCAACCAUGAAGUCAACGAGGAAAAGAGGAAGUCCGCCAGGAAGAAAGAGUUCAUCAUGGCAGAGCUACUGCAGACAGAGAAGACAUAUGUCAGAGACCUCCAGGAGUGUCUUGAGACCUACCUGUGGGAGAUGACCAGCGGCGUGGAGGAGAUUCCUCCAGGUAUCGCCAACAAGGAGCACAUCAUCUUCGGCAACAUGCAGGACAUCUACGACUUCCACAACAAUAUUUUCCUGAAAGAGCUGGUGAACUACGAGCAGCUGCCGGAGGAUGUAGGACACUGUUUCGUCACCUGGGCUGAUAAGUUCCACAUUUAUGUAGAUUACUGUAAGAACAAACCAGACUCCAGUCAGCUCAUACUGGAGCAUGCCGGCAGCUUCUUUGACGACAUUCAGCAAAGACGUGGACUGGCUAACUCCAUCUCCUCCUACCUCAUAAAACCAGUCCAGAGGAUCACCAAGUACCAACUACUGCUUAAGGAGUUACUGUCUUGUUGUGAGGAGGGUAAAGGGGAGAUCAAAGAUGGUUUGGAAGUGAUGCUCAGUGUUCCCAAGAGAGCUAAUGAUGCCAUGCAUCUCGCCAUGUUGGAGGGGUUUGAGGAAAACCUGGAGGUGCAGGGUGAACUGAUCCUGCAGGACAGUUUCCAGGUUUGGGAUCCGCGCUCGCUGAUCAGGAAAGGGCGGGACCGACACCUCUUCCUGUUUGAGUUCUCACUAGUCUUCAGCAAGGAGAUCAAAGACUCAGCUGGCAGAACCAAGUACCAAUACAAGAACAGACUACUGACAUCAGAGUUGGGUGUGACCGAGCACAUUGAAGGCGACCCAUGUAAAUUUGCUCUGUGGGCAGGAAGAACCCCCUCCUCUGAUAACAAAACUGUGCUAAAGGCGUCCAAUAUGGAAGCGAAACAGGAAUGGAUUAAAAACAUCAGGGAGGUGAUCCAGGAGAGGAUGACUCACCUGAAGGGGGCGCUCAAGGAGCCUCUUCAUCUGCCUAAAACACCAGCACUGACCAAACCCAGGAAUAACGCCAAGAGGGAGGGAGGUGAAGAUGGAGACAGUCAGGGAGACGGCAGCAGCCAACCAGAUACCAUCUCCAUCGCUUCCCGGACAUCCCAGAACACUGUAGACAGCGACAAGCUCUCUGGUGGUUGUGAGUUGACAGUGGUCCUUCAGGACUUCACAGCAGGAUGCAGCACAGAGAUGUCUGUCAGCACCGGCCAGACGGUGGAGCUGUUGGAGCGGCCGAGCGAGCGGCCCGGUUGGUGUCUGGUCCGAACCACCGACCGCAGCCCACCACAGGAGGGACUGGUUCCCAGCUCCACACUCUGCGUGUCCCACUCGCGUUCCAGCGUGGAAAUGGACUGCUUCUUCGGCUCGGGGAAAGAAAACUAUCCCGUUAGUGGCUCUGAUGGGAAGACGGAGUCGGUGGCGAACCUUCAGCCGCAGCCUUCCCUCAGCUCGCUGCAGUCCAGCUCUCCUGGUCCCAAACGCUCCGGAAACACUCUGAGAAAAUGGCUUACCAGUCCAGUCCGCCGCCUCAGCCAUGGCAGCUCCGUCAAGAAACUCCCCAAUAACAAACAGAAGAAGACUGGACCAGGAACAGGAAGAGAGGAAAGCAGGAAGAGUAUUGACCUGGGACAGCCUGACCUUGCCCUGCAGGACGACAUCAUCGAUGAGAGAGUGCUCAGUAAGGACAGUAACCUCCUCUCUAAGACGUCCUCCGGGAUGCAGAGCGGUGGGGAGGAGGAGCAGGACGAGGAGGCUCACACCCCUCUGCCUCCUCCCAUGGAGAUCAUCAAGGACCCCUCGGCUCAGGAUGACAAGUCUUCAUCCUUGCUAACGUCUCUGCAGACGUCCUCUGAGGUGCCCAGCGCUGCAGAGCUGGUUAGCGCCAUAGAAAAACUGGUUAAAACCAAGAUGACUCUGGAACCAGGAGCGUACCCCGGCUUCUCCUCUCUCUCUCCACAAGAGCAAACCACUCCUGUCCAGCCACGAAACCCCGAACUGGAGCAGAGAGCCAAAGCUAUGAGAGGACGAAUGUUUGUUCUGAACGAGCUGAUUCAAACAGAGAAGGACUACGUCAAAGACCUGGGCAUCGUGGUGGAGGGCUUCAUGAAGAGAAUCGAGGAGAAGGGCAUCCCCGAUGACAUGAAAGGAAAAGACAAAAUCGUCUUCGGGAACAUCCACCAGAUCUACGACUGGCACAGAGAAUUCUUUGUAGGAGAGCUGGAGAAAUGUCUUGAAGACCAUGAACACCUUCCUGAGCUCUUCAUCAAACAUGAGAGAAGACUCCACAUGUAUGUGGUUUAUUGUCAGAAUAAGCCGAAAUCGGAGUUCAUCGUAGCAGAAUACGACACAUAUUUUGAUGGAAUCCAGCAGGACAUCCAGUCCAGGUUGAGCAUCAGCGACUUCCUCAUCAAACCAAUCCAGAGAAUCACUAAAUACCAGCUGCUACUGAAGGACUUCCUGAAGUUCAGCACCAAGGCAGGCAUUGACUGCGAACAAAUCGAGAAAGCAGUAGAUUUGAUGUCUCAGGUCCCCAAACUGUGUAACGACAUGAUGAAUUUGGGUCGGCUGCAGGGAUACGAGGGUAAACUGACCUGUCAGGGCAAACUGCUGCAGCAGGAAACCUUCUUUGUAACAGAGCAGGAUGCCGGCGUCCUGUCGCGCUCCAAAGAACGCCGAGUUUUCCUCUUUGAGCAGAUCGUCAUCUUCAGUGAGCUGCUCAGGAAAGGAUCGUCCACGCCUGGAUACCAGUUCAAGAAGAGCAUCAAGGUAUCCUACCUGGGUCUUGAGGACAGUGUGGAUAACGAUCCCUGUAAGUUCGUCUUGUCGUGUCGCGGCUCGUCGGAGCGCUUCACCCUGCAGGCUGCCAACGUCGACAUCAAGCAGAUCUGGGUCCGACACAUCCAGGAAGUCCUGGACGCUCAGAGCAACUUCCUGUCUGCUCUCCAGUCUCCCAUUGAGUACCAGAAGGAGAAGGGCGGAGCGGGCAGCUGCGCCUCACUGACCAGAAACCGCUCGUCCUCGGGGAACCGGCCCGUCGCGUCUUCUCACAGCCGUCCGUCCUCGGCGGUCGGGCUCGGUGAAAAGGAGACGGAGCGAGGGAGGAGCCAGAUGAGAGUGUCUACCUCCAACGGCGGUUCGUCAUGUUUCGACUCCAGGGACAGCGAAGGCGGCUGUAACGGCAUCUCCUCCACCAUGUUGGUCACUCAGGACUACUCUGCGCUCAAAGAGAACGAGAUCUGCGUCAGUCAGGGAGAGAGCGUCCAGAUUCUGGCCACCAACCAGCAGAACAUGUACCUUGUUUACCGACCAGCCAAUAUCCAAUCACCUGCCGCAGAGGGCUGGGUGCCGGGACACGUCUUGGGCCCGCCCUCAAAGUCCAUAAAAGACUCUUCUUCUGCUUCCUCCUUCUCAACGGUGGUGGCCGAUGCCAACAACAUCAAGAAGUCUCUGUCGUGGAAUACACUGCGUGCCAGGAAGCGCGCUGAAGCCAAGGACAUCUCCUUGGCAGGGGUCAGAGGUCAGGAGAAUGGCCUCCUCCGUAAGCCCAAAGAAACCACGCCCCCUCCCACGCUCGCCUCCCCCGCCACCAGGGCGAAGGGCAAAGAGGUUCACACUUCAGAUGAGUCAGACUGUGAUGAUGACCUUGUCCCAAAGACGGGCAUGGAGCUCCUCAACCCAAACUUCAUCCAGGAAGUGGCUCCAGAGUUCCUCGUCCCUCUGUCAGAUGUGGUGUGUGCGUUUGGGGAGACUGUGGUCCUCUGCUGUAAAGUCUGCGGACGACCCAAACCCUCAGUCACCCUGAAGGGCCCUGACCAGAACCCAGUGACCAGCAACAGCCGCUUCACCAUUGAUAUCAGGGAUACAGGUGACAUCUUGUUGAAGAUCUGUAACCUCAUGCCUCAGGAUACAGGGAUCUACACCUGUGUCGCUGUGAAUGACCACGGCUCUUCCUCCUCCUCCGCCUCCAUUAAAGUGCAAGGUAUCCCAGCAGCCCCUGGGAGACCUGUUGCCCAGGAGGCCAGCAGCACGGCUGUGAUGGUCCACUGGCCACCUCCAGCUUCAUCAGCUCACUCUGCUGUCAGCAGCUAUACUGUGGAGUACAGACAGGAAGACUCGUUGCUAUGGCAGCAAGUAGCCAGCAGCAGAGAGGAGUGUGUUCAGAUCGAUACACUGAUUCCCGGAGGUCACUAUCAGUUCAGAGUGCGUGCCUCCAACCGCUGGGGGGUCGGACCGCCCUCUGAGCCCUCAAAUAUGGUUACACUGCCCAGCAGUAACUCUGGCUAUGAUGGAACAGGGAUUCAGUGGAAAGAAAACUUUGAGACGAACUUCUCUGAGAUCUGUGAGAUUGGAAGGGGCCGAUUUUCAGUGGUGAGAAAAUGUCUCAACAAGUCAACAAAGAAAGAGGUUGCCGUUAAGUUUGUCAGUAAAAAGAUGCAGAAGAAGGAGCAGGUGGCUCACGAGGCCGACACUUUACUACAUGUGCAGAAUCACCAGCUGGUGGCGCUGUUGGAUACAUAUGAGUCUCCCACUUCUCUGAUGCUAAUACUGGAGCUGCUGGAGGAUGGCCGUUUGCUCGAUUACCUCGUCGCCCAUGAUGAGCUGAUGGAGGAGAAGGUGGCGUUUUUCAUUCGAGAAACACUAGAAGCCCUGCAGCACCUUCAUACCUGCAGAGUAGCACACCUGGAUCUGAAGCCUGAGAACAUCAUGGUGGACCUCCACUCUCCCACCCCGUGCAUUAAGCUCAUUGACCUCGGCGACGCCGUCCAGCUGUCCGCCCACCGUCGGUAUGUCCACCUUUUGCUUGGAAACCCAGAGUUUGCUGCGCCUGAACUCAUCCAGGGGACGCCGGUCUCCAUUGCGACAGAUGUGUGGAGUGUCGGCGUGCUGGCUUAUGUGAUGCUCAGUGGCGUUUCCCCGUUUCUAGACGAAUCACCUGAGGAAACUUGCGUCAACAUCUGUCGCCUGGACUUCUGUUUCCCGGAUGAAUACUUCCGGGAUGUAAGCCAGGCAGCGAGGGAUUUCGUAUCCUCAGUGCUGCAGCAGGAUCCCAGGAAAAGGCCAAGUGCUACUUCCUGUCUGCAGCACCCGUGGGUGGGUCGUGGGGGUCCUCAUGGUGGGGAGCACUCCAAGACGCCUCUGGACACGACGCGGUUGGCCACAUUCAUUGACCGCAGAAGACAGCUGCAUGAUGUUCGGCCCAUCACCAAUAUCAAAGGGCUGGUGAGCAGCAGCAUGGGCAGCACACUGUGAUGGAGAACUAAACACUCAAUAACAAUCCAUCUGUGACAGCACCCACAAGAACUCUGCAAUAUAUUUGAAGCAUUUAAUUAUCUUUAGUGUUCAUUAACAUUUGAGUGGGAAUGGGACUUGGUCCCCUGGGUCCUUCUUGUGGUGCAAGAUUUCAUCUCCUUAGGACCCCUGCUGUAGACAAAUCUGUCACCGCUAAACUCACAGGCAGACAAAAUCAUUGGCUGUACAAUAUUUAAUUGCUGACUAACACUUCAUCUGAUCUUUGUUGCACCUAGUAUCAAGCAUUACAUAUAAAGCGGGUCCCGUUGACUGCCUAGACACCCCGUAAGAACCCAAAGAAAUUAGCUCAAAGUUGAGAAAAACAAGCCUUUAGAAAACACACUGUGAGCAGGCAUGAUGGCAACAUAUUCCUUUAUAUUUCUAAUGUUUAUUUUUCCAGGGACAGAAGAUAUAUUGGAGGCAAGCGUCCGUUCUGUUAAUCCCAGUGCUCAGCUGAGCUUACCUUGUCUCUUUUAUUUGGAUAUGCAGAAGAACACUGGGGCAGCACUGAGUCCAGCUGGGGUUGGCCUCACUUACUAAAUGACCAGCAGAAUCACACUCACUGAGGAGCAUUUUACCAGCCAUGCUCAACUUCAGCUGACAUGCUUUAGAUAACACAAGAGAACAUACAGUACAACAGGUUUUAAGAGUUUUUUGACCAUGAGAGGGCAGGUAGGCCAGUGAUAUUUUAUCUGACCAGUGACUGUUAUCAUCAGGGUCAGGUAGCAAAAAUGUAAAGUACUGUAAACAAUGUUUUUGUAGUCAUCUAGUCUGAUGUGAAUUAGUAUCAUGAGGAGGAUUAAAUAGUCUAAACAGUUUCAAAAGUAUCUGAGUCAUCCCAACCGAUAGAUAUAUUAGAGGGGUUAGAAAUGUAACCUGUUGGUUUAGUUGCUGGUCCUAUCCUGGAGCUCUUAGUGAUCCGAGUUGGAGUCAGUGUCUUGCUCAAGAACACUUUGACAGGAUUACACCUCACCGUAGAUUCAGUAAGAAAAAAAAAAAAUUAGGAGUUGUCAUGUUUGACAUGUCACUCCGUUGCACGGAUGUUGAAUGUAUGGGGGCUAGAUGAAGAGGUAAAAUAGUCCGCACCCACCCUUUGAACUCUCUGCUGUCAGUUUGAUCACCUCUGUACAUGGGAAACUCAAAAAAGUGAGUGAAUUCUGUGCACUUGGCAUGAAGUGUAACAGAUCACUUCUGUCUGUCACCACAGAGGAUUUCUGGAUCAUUUCAGCAGCAGUUUCCCAAGAGCUACUGCAGCUUAAACCAACCCACCAACAUUGGAAUUAUUAUUUAUUUAUUUUUGUUGGCCUGGAUGCGACAGCGCUUAAGCUCGCUGUGAUAUACUUUUAAUUUAUUGAAUGUUUAUUUAUUUCAGGACUGAGGUAGAGAGUUGAAUCAUAUUUGCAAAGGCGGCCUGCACCAAUCCGGUCUGCGCAAAGUGGACCGAACAGACGCUGGACUGUGCAGCAGCAGGAUUUUGCGUUCUAAUAGUGUUGUAGUGAACAGCUGGAGUUUACAUGAAGUCACUGAUGGAUCUACACUGAACUGUGCUGGACUGAAAUGUCGGGAACUACAGUGAACUGGGUUAAAAUGGGCAGUUGUAGCUGGUGGAAGGAUUUUUAAAAAAAAAACUGUAAACAGAGGACUACUGGACCUUACACAGGAUUCCUGAACACUGAAAAGGCACCGUUGAGACCGAAAUCCUUUCAACAACUAUCAUUUGUUCGUAUCACUGUUUACAAUUACUUUGUCCAAAAAUGCUUAGCUAGCUUACAAAAAAAAAGUAGAGUAAUCAGGGAAAUCCUGCAUGCAAGUUCACUGGUGAUGGUUUAGAAAUCUGUUUCUAAAGCAAAAUUCUGUGACAUGUGGUGUUAAAGUGGGAAAUGAACCCUUCAACUUUAUUUGUUUGUACAUUUGUCCACCAGCCACUGUGGCAAGUAACCAACUCUAGUGUUUGGGUCCCACUCAUCCGGCUUGUAAAAUAGUUGAUGUGGCCGCUGAAUUGGUCUUGGAUUUAGACAGAAGAGUCCUGUUUGUACCGAUGAAUGUAAUUUCUUGUAGAAUGUGUUCUGCCAUCAAAAGUCCUCGGCUUUUUCACCAAAUGCUUUUCGCUGUCACGAUGCUCCCCUCUGACUGUUCUGCGCUCACCCACCCCCGCUCAAGCAUUUAGCGUUCUACAAUAGUAAGCAUUUAUUUUAAUCAGCCAGAGUGGUGCAAAAAUAAGCAACCCAUCGUUCUGUAGAAGCUCCUUUUGAUGUCUAGCACAACAACAUCCAUGCAUAUGUGAAAGUGUAAUAGCUUGUGUUUAUCAGUGCAGCUGUAAUGAGGUCUAUUCAGGUACCAGAGGAGCAGCAGAGUGUUCUGCUGUUUCGUUUCGGUUUCAUUCUCUCAGCAGGGACCAGUUGCAGCUUUCUCCACAGAGAAACAUGCAUCCUGGCAGUGUACUCUGUAAACAUCACACAGCGUCACCUGUUUGAACAUGUUAAAUCAUCUCUUAAUACACAGAAGAGUUUUGAGUUAAAUGGUUAAAAAUAAAGAUGAAAAGAACGUACAGUUAAGUGUUAACUGUAACUGAACGCUGUUGAAAACACAGUGCUGAAAACAUAUCAAUACCAUAAUCAAUACAGAAAAUUCUCAUCAGUUGCAGCGCAGCAGAACUUUAACAAUGUAUUUCAUCUUUGCUAUAGACAGGUGUUCAAUAUUAGAUCAAUAAAUCAAACAAAUAAUCACAAAGAAAUACAGACAAUGUCAUUUAAAAAACCCAAUCUAUGGAAGCUCUAACUGAGCAUAAAUCAGGCUCUGCACUGUGAUUUGAUUGAAAGUUUUUGUUGUUUUUAUUUAAUGCUGAACAUGUUAGGCCUCCAUACUUUGCAACCUCAGCCACCUGUUACAUUAAAUUAAAAUAAAUAAAUAAAUAAAUAAAAUUGAGUGCAUACAGCCCAGCGCACAUAAAAACAGCCAACAUGGCCACCACAGGAAAACUGCAAUCACUAAACUUUCAGUGCUCUCCGUUUAUGCUUGCAGAAGUGUUUUUAUUAUGCAAUAAAACAACAAAGUGGAAUGUUUCCAAAAAAAAAAGAUCUUUACAAAACAGGUUACAGAUCUGUUUCAGUUGGUUCCUCUGCAUCGGUAGCCUAUAUUUCCAUAAGCAACAGAUCACCUGGUACACUGCACAGCUUUGGUACCUUAUAAGUACCUUAUCCUUCGAGGAACCUGAGUACUUCUUUUUUCUUUGUUUACAUUUCUAUAAAAAAAGUAAGAAAAAGUUAUAUUUUCAGCAUAGCACUCAGGGUCUUCAUGAGGUAUAAGGUAUAACCCAGCCUUCAAAAGCAUAUUUCAGCAAUUCACCACAACAGCUAAGCUUUAUUGAGGUCUGUAUUUCUGUUUUUCUUCUCUCUAUUUUCCUGUUAUUUCAUGAUUGACAUCUUCUUUCCAAAUGUUUCACAGUCUGCAAAUCAGGACUUAAACUGGCAAUGAAAAUACUAAACUAUGAUAAUGCAGUAGUGUACAGUGUGUAAAGUAGUACUUCUGUCUGAAGCCAGUACAGCUUCACCCUCCAGUUUGCUCCAGUUGUUCUCAUAACCAAGUUUUGACCUUAGGCUAGGUUUUAACUCUCUGAAGAACAGGGCUGAUCUGUCGGUUGUCUUAAACCACAUGAAACCUUGUGACGAGGGCGCGUGGUACUGAAUCCAAUUACAAGGAAGGCAGCAAAGAGUAUCAGAUGGUAUCGUCUUCGAACAUCAAUCAAUGAGUGAUUCUGCUGGCCCUAAAACGUUUUAGGCAUUCCUAUCCAGGUGUACGAGAUUAACUGUGAGAAAGAAAUGAAUUAAUUGAGAAUAUUUUCUUCAGGAAAGUCUGACACAGACAUAGGCAUGUUACAGUCAGACAGGAGGCCCUUUUAUUCACGGUUUGUCUUGAGGUGAGGCUUAAAGCAAAUGUUUGUAAGUUUGAUCUCAGUCUAAUUGUGUGGAAAAAUCAUCAGGGCCUUUCAGUCAGCUUUUAGAGCUUUUCCAAGGAUAUUAGGCUGAAUUUACACCUAAUGGUAAAACUACAAAAAAGUAUUGGCAUCAUAACAUACUUGGUGUCUAGUAUUUAGUGGCAUCUAGUGGUCUAGUUGCUGAACACAACCACCUCUCCUUCCUAGAGUGAA